AUUGCACAUGCAAUCAGAAGAUUUGUAAGUUUAAGGAAUGACUUAAAAACAGGUAAUGAUAUAGAAUCAGCUGUUAAAAAACUUCGAGGAACUUCAAUUGCUCAUUUAGAACCUGAAAGAAUAUGGAAAAGAGAUGGAGAGUAUAAUGGCUUCAUAUGUGGUCGUACAUUACCUAAUGUAGGAGAUUGGGUAAAAUUUUCACCAGCACAAAUAAAUAGUUUGGUUAAACAAAAAAUUAACAAGCCAGAGCCCACAUGUACAUCACACUCCAUUCCUAAAGAACAAUGGAAUAUACCAAUUCCAGAUAUAUUGGGAAAAAAAAUAAAAAGAAAUGUUGAAAGAUCCAAAUCUGACAAUGAUGUUGACAAUGAUAAUUUAAUUAUGUGCAGUGUUGAAAAUGAAUUUCCACUUAAAUCAGGGUGGGCAAUUAAAAGAAACCAGAAAUUUGGAAAAAAGGGAGGAG